AUGGUCUCCUUCAAGUACAUUGCUACCGCUCUCAUGGCCACUGCUGCCAUUGCCGCUCCCCACGGCCACCUUCACUCUCACUCCCGCGUCACCAAGCGCCAGUCCUCCUCUAAGCGCGGUGCUGCCUACAACGACGCCUCCACCGUCCAGUCCCUCGCCGACAGCGGCUCCGUCUCCUGGGCCUACGACUGGAACAUGUACACCAUGGGUGACCUUCCUUCCAACAUUGAGUUCGUCCCCAUGCUCUGGGGAUCCAAGAUGUUCACUGGUUGGUUCUCCGCCAUCCAGACCCUCCUCAACAGCGGCAACAGCCACAUCCUCGGCUUCAACGAGCCCGACAUGGAGUCCCAAGCCGCCAUGUCUUCUUCCGAUGCCGCCAACUACUACCGCAAGUACAUCUCCCCGCUCAGCGGCAAGGCGAAGCUCGUCUCGCCCGCUGUCACCAACGGCGUCGGUGAUGACAAGGGCCUCGACUGGAUGCGCAACUUCCUCAACUCCUGCACGGACUGCAAUGUCGAGGCCCUGGCGGUGCACUGGUACGGUGACUCUGCAGACGAUUUCAAGAGCUUCGUCCAACAGGCUACUGACCUUGCCAAUGAGUUCAACCUGGCUGAGACCUGGGUUACUGAGUUUGCUCUCAACUCCGAUAUGGCUGGCUCUGGUGGCACCGACGAGUCGACCAACUUUUUGAGUGAUGUCCUCCCCUGGUUGGACCAGCAGGAUAGCGUUGCUCGCUACGCCUACUACAUGUGUGCCGAAGGUUUCUUGCUCAGUGGAAGUGACCUGAGCAUCAGCGGCAAGGCUUACACUUCUUCUUCGUGA